AUGAUUUCCACCACAGUCCAAAGUCGAGCUCAUGUGUCACGGCAGGCCAUCAAGCUAGCCCGGUCCGCGAACCAUGCUCUUGUCGGAUCACCACUCGGUCUUCGAUUGACCUGUCUGAGCGCAGCCCAGCAACGCCAGAUAAUCGCCUCGCCGCGACUCUUCUCCACGACACCCAGAAACAACCUCAAGGACUUCUUCCCCGCCAAAGACACGCCGCACAUUCAAACAACAAAGGCAGCAUGGCCGCACCAUGGAUAUACCAUGGAGGAAAUGGUGGCCGUAGAACCCGCUCACCGCCAGCCCCGAAACUUUAGUGACUGGGCGGCGUGGAAGAUUGUGCGGUUUGCGCGUUUCUGGAUGGACAAGGCGACGGGGAUGGGCAGGGACCAGCAGGUCGAUAAAAAGAACCCGACUACAUCUGUAGUAGCAGAGAAACCACUCACCGAAGCACAAUGGCUCAUCCGGUUCGUGUUCCUUGAAAGCAUCGCCGGCGUCCCAGGAAUGGUAGGCGGUAUGCUCCGUCACCUCAGCAGCUUGCGCCGCAUGAAGCGUGAUAACGGGUGGAUCGAGACGCUUCUAGAAGAGAGCUACAACGAGAGAAUGCACCUCUUGACAUUCAUGAAGAUGUGCGAGCCGGGCUGGUUCAUGAAGCUCAUGAUCAUCGGUGCCCAGGGCGUCUUCUUCAACGCCCUCUUCAUCACAUACCUCCUGCACCCGCGGAUCGUCCAUAGAUUCGUCGGAUACCUGGAAGAAGAAGCCGUCCACACGUAUACCCGGGCUCUUCGCGAAAUCGACGACGGUCACUUACCAAAGUGGGCUGAUCCAAAGUUUGAAAUCCCCGAUAUUGCCGUCCAGUACUGGAACAUGCCCGAAGGUAACCGUACCAUGAAAGACCUCAUCCUGUACAUUCGCGCCGACGAAGCUGGCCACCGGGGCGUCAAUCACACGCUGGGUAAUCUGAACCAGAAGGAAGACCCGAAUCCGUUCGUGAGCACCUUCAAGGACCGUGAAGUCCCUAAGCCGGCCUUGAAGGCUACAGGUUACGAGCGAUCAGACGUCAUUUGA